AGAUAUUUCCAGCUGUCUAAAUGAUUUCUUCUUAUAGACUAGCACAAGUUGCUAUAGUCUGUUGAGAAACUGCCACGUUAACUCCGUCUCUUGAUGAUUUUUGAUGUAGAAUUUAAGAUACUAACUCUGUGGUUACCCAGAGCUCUUAGAAACUGCUUUGUUACCCACGUAAGCCUCUGACUGCAAGCUCGUCCUGUGUGUCCUUGCUACAAAAACAAGUUUCAUUGCUUGUGCUCUGAUAGAGGGUUCUUUCUUUAAGAGUUCUUUUAUUUAAGUGUCGUUCCCAAACAACUUGUGUCUAACAGCACUGAAGUAAAAGCCGAGCUGCCUCGCACGUGUCUGCAGCAUUGCAGUGGAGAACAAAUCCAAGUGCAUUGGUGCAUGAGUGAGUGUGUGUUCAGAGCUGUGUCUCUGUAGCAGUUCAGGCAGGGUUACAGAAGAGUCAUUGAUCAAAUCUGCACAGCCACUCACACUUGCAGGCUCAGACAUACACACAACACACAUCUUCGACCUGAAUACACAAUGAGGCCUGUCCGGAGCUCUGGCCUCUGCUGCCUCCUCCCUGGAUCUUUCUCGCUGACUCUGCACAGCCUCGUCCUGGUCCUGCUCUUACUCUUCAUCACUCCCCGAUGCCAAGCAGUGCAAGCAGAGAAUGUGACAGUCUUGGAGGGAGGCACUGCCCAGAUCUCCUGCCGCCUGCAGAACUACGAUGGCUCAAUUGUGGUCAUCCAGAAUCCCCGCCGGCAGACUCUCUUCUUCAACGGCACGAGAGCUCUGAAGGACGACCGUUUCCAGAUGGUGCUCUUCACGCAACGGCUGGUGCGCAUCACCCUGACCAACGUCAGCGUGUCCGACGAGGGAGGCUACUUCUGCCAGCUGUACACGGAUGCUACGCACCACCAGGUGGCGACGCUAUCUGUUUCCGUCCCUCCAGAAACCCCGACGGUGGAGGUGAAGCAGGAGGCCGUGGAGGGCGGCGAGGCCGAGCUCACCUGCGUGUCGCCGCGGAGCAAGCCGGCCACCACCCUGCGCUGGAUGCACAACGGCCGCGAGAUACCAGGUGUUGUGUCGCAGCAGGACAAUGGGAAGACAUUCAGCGUAUCCAGCACCAUCCGCAUCCCAGUGGAGAGGAAAGACAACGGCGCGGCGCUGAACUGCGAGGCAAUCCACCCUGCGCUGAGUGGCCAAAAGAGGGUUCGACAUUAUCGGCUGGACGUGUAUUUUGCUCCCACAGUACGGAUUGUUUCUCCCACAGGGAUUUUGCGUGAGGGCGACUCGCUCAGCCUCACCUGCUCUAUCACUGGGAAUCCUUUGCCAAGAGACAUCCUGUGGUCCAAGAUAAAUGACACUUUGCCUGAGAGAGCAGAGAUUUCUGGGCCUACUCUUCAGAUUUCCCGUCUCAGCCAAUCACACAACGGGACAUAUUUGUGCCAAGCCCAGAACAACUUCGGUCGUGCAGCUGAUCAUUACACCCUGUUGGUGUACGAAAAUGUGUCAGUCACUACCAUGGCCCCUACCACUUCACCCAUCCAACCUACUAGCACCCCUACUAGCAGCUUUCUGGACCCAGAAGACCCUGGCGCAGUGGUUGAGACUCACAGCGCAGUACCGUAUGCAGUGAUAGGUGGCGUUCUGGCCCUUCUGGUUUUCACCGUCAUCUGUGUCCUCAUUGUCACCAUCUGGUGCUCUGUCCGGCAGAAAGGCUCCUAUCUCACCCAUGAGGCCAGCGGCUUGGACGAACACGGCGAGGUGCAGGAGGCCUUUCUCAACGGGAACGACGCCAGCCAGGGCAAGAAGGAGUACCUACUGUAGCCCUUCGUUUUGUUAAUCCCUUCUCUUCUGACCUCAUACCCCUACCCCUCCCUCUCCCUGCCUCCAACCUUAUAUACAGUAUAUAUAUAUAUAUAUAUAAAUACACACACACACGCACACACGCAAACACUCUGACACAAUUCGCCAUAACAGGCAGCCUUCUGAAAGCGACUGUACUGCACAUAGCCAAUCCAUCACACUCCAUUCCACUCCAUCUCCUCCAUAUACACUCGCAUAACCCAAGAGACAGACCGAGAGACGGAGAGCCUCUUGGCCCCACCAGACAUCAACGACUGUGCCAUAUGCAGUACUGUAAGUCCCGGACUGCUGGAGGGAGCGAAGGAGCGGCGACAGAGUGAAGUGAAUGUAGGCAAAAGCGAAAUGAUCCCAUAAUUAUUUAGAUCAAGAAGGAAGAGGGCCACACAAUGAAAAGUGGCCCCUCUCUGCCUCGCCUGUGCAGCCGCCAAAGUGGAAGGGGAAUUAGAGGCAGAUGACUGCUGUAAUUCACCGCCUGGAGAAUAGAAGAAUCUAUUUCACAAAGCCCAAUCUCUAACCGAAGGGGACAGCAGGAGAGCUGCGCAGAGAGGAGGUGGUGGAGGGGAAACUUGAGCAGAAGCUACUUUGUGCUCGAUGGUAAAUUACAGAGAUUUUUCAUAUUACGGUCGUGUCUCAUCGACGGAGCACAGCUUGUCCAUAAUUCCCUACCAAAGCUGCGAGAAGUAUCUGGACUGUGGCAAUAAGCUGAAUGUCUUGUUGUUUCGCUAGUUUUUAAAAGAAAACUUAAAGUGGUCCCCCCUCCUUUCAGUUCAAGAGUGAAAUAAAAAGGUGACUCUCAACAUCAUCUCCGUACACCUGUUACCAUGCUCUCCUCUCUCUCUUUCAAUCCCUCUUCUUCUCAGUGUUUCCCCCCCUCCUCUACCGUUCCCCUGUUGUUGGCCCCGUAAUAAUGAAAGGAUUAGCGUCGGGCUGCGUUCCCAAGGAGGAAGAAAGGAAUAUGACUUGCAGAGGCAUUAAAGAGAAGCUUAAUUAUUUUAGAAUGUCAUUAAGCGGAUAAAAAGGUUUAAAAAGUUCCAAUAAAAAGACGAGGGGAGCUGUCAAAAAGGAGCAAAGAAGAGAACAACACGGGCGUAUGCAGCUACAUGCACACAUCCAUACAUACACGUCCACAGAACAAGUAUACAUAUCUCUGAAUUCUUUGUUUGUAUAAAAAAGAACAGUGACAUGAGUUAAAUUAAACUUUUAAGAAUUAAGAAAACUGUUUACUAUUGAAACGCAUUAUAAAGCAACUAUACUAACACAGAAUAUUAGCCUUUAGAGGUGCAACACCGAACAAACUACUGUCCAGUGAUCUUUAAAGAAAAUAUAAAAAUGAAAAAAAAAAAUUGUCUUUAUGAAAAAACACAGGUCUUAUUGAUUUUUNUNUAAAAAUAAUUAUUGCUAUUAUUUGAACAAUUCUGAUUGUUGUUACUGUUAUUAUUAUUGCCGUUGUUAUUAUUAUAAUUGUAAAUGUUAAAGAAAUGUACACUUCCCAUGGUUUGUUUUUGGGUUUACUGUAGAAAAAAUAAACUUGCUGUCAUUUUUCACUCUUUUUCCUCUUUACCUUUCCUCUCUUUCCCAGUAUUUCUCUCUCUUUGUCUCCUGUGCCUAGUUGUCUCUUCUCUUGUCUUUCACACCUGUUUAUUUUAGAGUCCAUGUGCCACUGUUGAUAUAUAUAGCUAACUAUUUCUUUAUAGGGGAAAGAAACAAAGCACGACAAAAUAAAAAAAAAAGAACACAAAAAUAA